AGCAUCCCUGGGCAGGCAGCAUCCUUGGGCAGGCGGCAAGCAAGGUGGAGCAAUACCCUGAGCCGGGGCAGCAAGGUGGGGCAAUACCCUGAGCCGGGGCAGCAAGGUGGAGCAAUACCCUCAGCCGGGGCAGCAAGGUGGAGCAAUACCCUCAGCCGGGGCAGCAAGGUCCCCAGCCAGGCAGCAAGGUGGAGCAGCACCCCCAGCCAGGGAACCCAGCGGAGCCGGGGGCAGGGGGCGAUCCGAUGGCCGUGUCUGCACCCCCUCCAGUUAUGGGGGCAACUUCCACCCCAGGCUCCGGGAUCCUGUACCCCUCCAGCCCGGCAGAGUCCCCCAGGCUGGCCAUGCUGAGCAGCUACAUGUCGUCCGGCCCCGGCCCCGUGGGCAGCAGCAGCAGCGAGUGCCGGAUGGUGGAGCUGCACGGGGUGAAGGUGGCUUCGUUCGUGCUGGACGGGCAGGAGCUGAUCUGCCUGCCGCAGGUCUUCGAUCUGUUCCUCAAGCACCUGGUGGGGGGGCUGCACACGGUCUACACCAAGCUCAAGAGACUGGAUAUAACGCCGGUGGUGUGCACGGUGGAGCAGGUCCGGGUGCUGCGGGGGCUGGGGGCCAUCCAGCCCGGGGUGAACCGCUGCAAGCUCAUCACCCGGAGGGACUUCGAGACCCUGUACAACGACUGCACCAACGCCAGCUCUCGACCAGGAAGGCCUCCGAAGAGAUCGCUUGGGGUUGCUAUCCAAGACAACGCACGUUUGCUGCCGCACGGCGUUCCGGGUCUCUUAUCGCCUGGACUUAUCUCCCCCUCGGGUAAUAAAACCUUUUUACAUGGUCUCACAGCGGCAGCAAUGGCCGAAGCCAUGAAACUGCAGAAGAUGAAACUCAUGGCGAUAAAUAGCCUACACGGCAGCGGAAGUCAGAACGGGACGGAAUCGGAGAACGAAGAACUCAACUCCAACGCAGGUGGAAGUGAAUCGUCAUGGGAUAAGGAGAAGCUUCAGUCUCCGAUCACCACGAGUGGGUCGCAGCAUGGAAUUGGCCAUGUUACGUUAUCGGGACAGUCCAGCCUUGGAGGGGCUCACCCGCUCAGUCCACUCCAGCAAAAUCACCUGCUAGCCAACAGAUUGGAUUUACCAUUCAUGAUGAUGCCGCAUCCUCUCCUUCCAGUCAGCCUACCUCCUGCAUCCGUUGCCAUGGCAAUGAACCAGAUGAAUCACCUCAAUACUAUAGCUAAUAUGGCUGCAGCGGCCCAGAUGCACAGUCCAUUGUCCAGAGUGGGAGCCUCGGUUAUAAAGGAAAGAAUACAGGACAGUCCUUCUCCUGCUCCAUCCAUAGACGACAAUCAGAGGCCUGGAAGCCAAGGAUCUUCACAUCAAAGCAGUAGUGUAUCAAGCUCGCCCUCUCAUCUUGACAACCUGCCAGACAGAGUUGUAAUGCUACCCAACUCCAGAGAUGGGGACAUCACCGAGCAGGACACCGGAACCAGUAUAAAAAAGAUGUCAAAAGAGAAAGAUGACAUCCAAAUUGCCAUUCCAAUAAUAAAACCAAAUUUGGAUAAAGUCCAACUGGCCGGACAGACCUUACCGCCCGGAUUCCCUGCACCCUUCUUGUUUGCCGAUGGCUUGUCAUCCGUAGAAACUCUUCUAACUAACAUUCAGGGCCUUCUAAAAGUCGCAGUCGAUAACGCCAGAGUACAAGAGAAACAAAUACAGCAGGAGAAGAAGGAGUUAAAGUUGGAACUUUGCCGGGAGAGAGAACUUCGGGAAAAUCUGGAGAGACAGCUGACUGCAGAGUUACAGAGCCGAGCAACAAUUCAGAAGCGCUUGAAGAAAGAGAAAAAGGCUAAGAGAAAAUUGCAGGAAGCCCUGGAGUUCGAGUCGAAAAGAAGGGAGCAAGUUGAACAGGCACUUAAACAAGCCACGUCAGGAGAGGGACUGCGGAUGUUAAACGACGCUUGCAUCCCAGAGAUGGAAACAGAACACAGCGGGUCGCAACAUGAUAGCCCCCCAAUGCAAGAAAACAGGACGUACAUAAAGCCUCCUCCGAUAAUGUAUUGAAGAAGCCAACGGACAUCGUUUUCUGAAGACUACACUGUUCAUAAGGAAGGUUCCUCCCGACCUCUGAUGCCUUCGGUUUCGAAAGAAAAAAAUGAAAUAAAAUAAAAAAAAAGAUGAAAUAAAGCAUGAAAUGAGAAGGACUUAUUUGAGCAAUUUUGGCGUUUGCUGCAUCCAGAGCUGCCGUGUCAUUGUAGUGAUAACAAGGGACUUCCAGCAAAAUUGUCUUAUCGAUCUGACCCAGAUGAGAAUAUUAGAUUGUAGAUUUUCGGAACAGAAGAAAAACAAAAUCAACAUUUUUAAGCACAUUUGAAAGUUACCCCCCAUCACCCACCUGACUUUGAAUUUGUUCUUUUUUGAUAUUUCUUCUCUUUUCUUUACAUUUUUUUUGAGUGCUAGAUACUAGACAUCGCAUUUCAAGACCCCUCGGCACUCGACUCAUUCGUUUCGAUAUUUAUCUAUGUUGUUCAGCUUCGGCACAAUUGUUUGUCAAGACUCGGCAAAGUCCCGUACCGGUUUUCCUUGUGACUCAACCAGAAAAUGUUUAUAUCACUGAUAACCACUCAUCACAGAACAGUAUCAUUUUGUUUCAAAAUUUAGCUUUGUCUACCAGGGCUGAUCCUCAGUAUAUAUUACAUUUUGAAGAAGAAGGAAAAAAAAAAAAAGUGUGUACAUUUUUUAAAAAAAAUAAAAACAAAGUUGUACAAAUGACGCUUAAAAUGAAACGACCAAGCUAGGUGUGUAAAAACGCAUCAUUCGGCAGCUGGAAUAAUGGGGAUUGCGACUCCUUUUUACAAUCAGCUUGGAAUUUGGUCUUUUAAACAAAACGAAGUUGCGGUAGCGUGUUAGAUAAUGGAACCUUUUAACUACGGUUUCUCUGUUGUACCAUAUUAAGUUAAAAUACAACUUCUUUGUUAAAAUGUUCUUGCUAAGAUACAGUAUUAAAACUUUUUUUUUUUGUUUCGUUUGA